AUGACACUGCAUCCAGUGAACGCGACAAACACCAACAUCAGUCCAUCCUUAAUGGUAAGUGCCGUUCAUACUGACUUUAUGUGUGCGCUCAUUUACUUGGUUGCGGAUGCGCACGAAAUCUUGGCCGGCCAAGCCCAAGCCUUCGACCCAUCGGUAAACCCAGGGUUCAAAAUACUUUAUGAAAUGAGAUGACGAUUGCCCUGAGUGAUUACGCAACUGUAACUUCUGAUCAUGAUAAUGAGCCAGAAUUGCUUUUUGACUUUGACAACCUAAAAACAAUUUGGCAAUAUAAUCCAAUAACCAGAAACGUGACCGCUGCUUUUGAGCUCUUUCCGGAUUCAUUGGAAAACCCAAGUGGCUCUCACGUCAGAUUAUCCAUCUAUUACUACUUCCUCAGUGGGCGAUUAAAUGUCCAGCAAUAUUUUCCCAUUCCGACUAUCAGCCGUCGUGUACAAUCUUGAAAAAUCUUGGAUUAAAAUUUAAAAUGUCGUUCACUACAGUCAGUUGUCAGCGCAAUAUGCUGAUUUCAUCAUUGGUGAAAUGUGUGUUUUAAUCGUAUCCAACCGAUCGCUGUCUUUCUUAACGGGUUAAAUGGUUAGUUCUUAUUUGGAUCGUAAUGGCGACAUAAAGGCCUAACAGAGAUUGAUGGGAUGGUAAGCAAAGAGGGGAAUAUAGAAAAAGAAGUGUGGAAAAGGGCAAAAAGCAAAUAAAAAUUAGAACAGAAAGAGACUGAGGGCAACGUGAAAGUCAGGAAAAUGGAAAUUGGUAAUAGCAUGUCAAGGAAGGCAGUCAGGCAUAAUAUCAUCUGGCAAGCAGACAUUCGUUUCUCACAAGCUUUCGGCAGGCCACUACAUUGAUAUUGCAAAAGACUCAAAUAAAAGCGCGUGUGUAGUAAAAAAAUCAAGUGGUGUUUACAUUUUCACACAAGUGGGAAUUAGGGAGGGCAAUAACAGAAGCAGUAAGAAUCGCUCUAAUCAGGUUAUGAUGCUUGGUCGGAAUGAGGAUAGGGUUAGGAAGUGCCGUGUCAGGGGAAAAGGAGGGCACGGGGAUUUUCAUAUAGGUAACUGGCCUUUGGCCACGGCAAAUGCAAAGCCUGUAGGAGUUUUCAACCUUGCGCUCAAGACCAUCUAGCGUAAACUGAUUGCAGUCACUUCUGCUAUUGUCGGCAGUUGCUGGCUCAUUAGUUUAAAAUAGUUCGGUGGGACCCUAUAAAUAACAUGAAAAUACUUGUAGGGGUCGACAUAAUGUACGAAUCAACAGUAAGUGUGUGAAUGGCGCUGAUUAUGCUCCUGAUUUCGUCCUUGCUCAGUCAUUCGGGGGGGUGGGAGGUGUUCUCGUAGUCUUUUGGAUAAACGUCAAUCAUUCCGACAAAUCUACUUUGCUCCGUAGGAGUCAGUAAGGGAGCGAAUUCACGUGGAUAUGAUCUGUGCCGGCUUUAAUGCAGGGUGCGGUUGGUCAAGAAACAUACCCGAACCCUUGCUGCUGGAAAGGUUUGUGUAACAGUUUCGUCAAGGCGUUUUCUCAUAACUUGCUUCGUCGCGUCUAGUUUUUAUUUUCUACCGUCUGCAUGGUGGACUUUGUAUCCUUUCAUAAUGCUAUAUCCAUCAGCACACCCGUUCUCGCGAAGCGGAUCCUGGGUCGUUCCAAGAUCUUUGUCGAUACCUUCUGUCAACAAAAACGUCUACACCUUUGCACCAGACAACGGACUAAAUUACGUUUCUGACCGAUGAGGAUAAAGCUGCUGAAGAUUUUAUAUUGUCUAGAUAGAGUUCUCCUUCGAUAGACAUUUCUUCGAAUGUUACCGCUAGGACGUCUGCUUAGAAGGUCGUUUAAGAAAGAUGGCGAACUUGCCGUCCCCACAUCCAACGUGAACCUUAUCGCCGAAUGCGCCGAAUAUAUCACAUCCAAGAGGGCAUUUACUUUGGUUUAAGUAGUGGCACUUGUAAAGAUGUAAUCAAAGUACCAAUCGUACUGCUCCAGCCUAUUUACCUGGCCGCUUAGGCGAAACUGCCACAACUUUUCCAAGGAUGCAUGGACUGAAAAAGGAUCAAGAGAUGAGUUCUUAAUAGUGUCAUCUACUUAUCCAUAUGUAGUUGGUUAUCAAAAAGUAACCGCACGUCUAGCCUGCAUCUUAAUAAUAUCUCCUUGAGUGAUUUCGUCGGUAUUCCUGUUUCCUGUUGAAUAGCCCGUAGAAAUUCACAAAUGUGAUUCACUCUCUCAGUGGCUGCGAUGUACGCGCAAAGUGAUAGACGUCUAGUGUAAACAUCGUCAUUCUGUUUGGGUUCAGGUCCUUGACGUGAUCAAAUAAUUUAACGGUGUCCCGGCAGCUAAAGGGUGUUAACGGGUGUUAUACAGGUUUGAAUUUCUCCGCUAAAUACUUGGCUAUUCCAUGAUACGGAGCGUUACGCAUUUCGAAAAUGGGACAAUUCCUCAUGCCAUCCUUGUGAACGUGGACGGUCUAGACGGGAGUUCUCGGGGUCACGAUCGCUCACAAAAACUGCCUGCGAUACGUCUUCUUUGCUAGUCGGUCAUUUGUGCUUCCACUUCAACUCUGCAUUCUUUUUCCUUGUCUACAUUGUUGAAUGUUUUCUGGUCUGGGAAUAUAGGCUGUGCCUUCGUUAUGCUGUCCAGGGUGUUUAUUAUAAGAAUACCUUUCCAAUUAUCUGACUUAGUUAAAAAUGUAUUCUUUUUAAGCGAAACCCAUCCAGUUUAGCUACGUGUUCCGGUAUUGAUAACAGUAAUUCACCAGUGUCCAGUCAGAGUGUGAGAUACUGUCUGUGGAAUCGGAUUUUGGACUGUGUGUUUGGUUUUCGAGAUCCUCGAACCGGGCUACUAAUUCUAAAUGCUUAACGCUUCAGCGAGGCAUGUAGAACUCAUAGCCCAGAGAUUAGGCCUCAUAUAAGGUUCUAGGAGUUUCGGGGAAGAAUGGUUGUGUUCGUCGCCCUUGAUCUGCUUGGAGACCUAAUUGUAAUUUCAUUUCGUGUAGCCCUUGAAGAAGAGAGGGCAUAUUUGUAUCCACCUUCUCUUACCUUGGACUGAGUACGGUUUCACAGUUGGGUCAAUAUGAAUUGUUCAAAAUCUGCCAACAUACCUAUGAAUUAGGUGAGCCUGGUAGUCAUCUGGUGGAUUCUUGGUGAACUGCUUAGGAAAUCCUGCUUGGGCAGUCAACUUACUAUAUCAGAUUUGGUGGAUUCCAGACGUUGCAGUGAGUUGGGCGGGCAACGUGACCCAAAUGUGAUUAAACUCGAGUCGUCCGGCGGGGCCUCGUAGCUCAAGUGGUUAGAGCGUUGGCUGCCCUAAAGCCUCCCCCUUACUGCGUGGGUUCGAAUCGCAUCGAGGCGCCGAACUUUUCACAGUUGGGUCAAUAUGAGUAUGGUUUAUCUCGAAACAGUCGCCGGUGGGCUUCAACCAGCAAUUUUGCCUCCAAAACUUGGUGUUGACAUGCGGGUACACACUUAGUAUACUUAGCACCGUGGGGUCUUUAACUUGUUUUGACAUUGCGAAAGACCGGCUGACGAGCAUAAAUUUGUCUUCGAUAAAUUCGUAUCGGGCCAGCACAUUUAUCGGAAAUGGCGUCAACUAAAAACAUGCGGGUAAUAGGCGAAAUAGAGCAAUAUUCCUCUUUUCACAAAGGUAGGAGGCGGAAAAUAGAGGGGUAUAGGGAGAUUCUGAAUUUACAUUAGUAAGCCUUAGGGAGUAGAUUACCUCUGAAAGGACUAAAAAUAGCAUAUCCUAGGAGGUGAACCCUCUGUGCGUGACCAAAGGAUGAGCUUAAGUCAGCUGAUCCGAGAGUUGGGGAUGAGCAUCAAUAAGACAAGAAUCUGUGGUUUGCUCUCCAUCAGAAUAUAAAAUUUGCUGGUGCCCAGUAAGUCAGGAAAGUAAUAGGAAUUCAAAAAAAUGAAGAAAACAUACAGAAGACUGCCCUCUUACAUCAUUUUCGCAGUAAGUAACGUCUUCCGUGUAUCUUGUAGUUGAGGAAGGUAUCCGCGUCGUUUUAGAACUGAUUGUAAACAUAAUCCUUUUCCCUUUCAUUUUAAUUUUUUCCUUUCCUUUUUCAGACAGUGGCAUCUUCGCGUUUAUCAAUGCUAAUUUUAGAACAUAAAUGAUGAUUCAUAUUUUUAAAAUAUCAAGAUAUACAUAUAUAUAUUCAUACCAAACUUUGGACCGUGCCUGAAAAGGCCCGUUUCGAAAGAUUUACUCCAAGUCCGCGCAUUAAUUUCCUCGGAAAUUAAACAAGGCAAGUUGAAACCGGAGGUCAGGUACCAGAAAACACAUGGAGAAGGCUGAGGGACCCAAUGAUGAUCCGAACCCCUCGCAGCUGCGUCAGGCAGCGGCAUAAGAUCGGUAAAACACGCAUGUCUGGGCUUUUAGCUAAUACCUGUGUUGUUAGUACGGUAAAUCAUUGCACAGUUCUAUACUACUGGCUGCCUGUUGGCGGUUUGUGAAUAUUAAGCGGUUAUUCCGCAGUAGCUGAUGGAUUUCAGCUCAAAUAUUCAUACCAAACUUUGGACCGUGCAUGAAAAGGCCCGUUUCGAAAGAUUUACUCCAAGUUCGCGCAUUACUUUCCUCGGAAAUUAAACAAGGCAAAUAUAUAUAUACAUUUACUAGACUGUUCAGUAGGACUGAUUUAUAUGGCCUCCCAAAUAGGACAUAGGGAUAAGAACGCCCCGCCAAGUAAUAAAGGCGGGCCUGUGCAUAACUGUUGAAUUGUCAAAAUAACUCUCUUUUCUAACCUCAGCAAUAACACCAGUAUAAAAAUGAAUCCUUGCCCUAAUCUUGAUUCUUACCCCUUCCCAAACCUUAAUUCUGCAGCAGACACUAGCUCCUGCCUCAGUCCUAUAUUUGGUCUUGACAUGCCUAACCUUUAACUUUAAAUUCAGCUUUAAGCCUAACCUUUAAUCUAACCCUUACCUUAAACCUAACCCUAAAUUUGUGGCGGCCAGCCAUCUUGACCGGUCUGGCGUCAUUGUUCAUGACCUCGCUGCCUCAAGGGCAUUCACCCUUUGCAGUUAGCCGUUCCAGGCGCGCUGAGCUAAAGUCACACGACCAGAAGCUCUGACAUAACUGCAUCUGCACAGUCGCAGCUGCCUAUGCGGACACUUGAACGCGCCACCCCCUGCAAUCAGCAAAAUAAGCCACUGGGACACCAUCCCUCGGCAAAUGCAACAAGCACGGACUGGAUACCACUUGAGCUUGAACCACGAGCCUACAAAAGCGGCUGCCAUCACUACUUCAGGGACUCUCAGGCGUGACUGGACGCAGUCAACACCAGCCCUAGCUUCGCCAGUGGCCACUGUCGCCUGAUAGGACAACUCCGGGUUCUGUGCACAAUAAACCCCUCAAACCGGUGACUUCUGUCUUCUCCGUACGACGUAGGAUUCGACCUGCUGGUUGUAGCGCUCAGAGCAUUUACUUUACCGCUGUGCCCCUACAAAUUCACUGCAAUAUGGCUCAAAGCCACCCACGUCGCAGUCGUUUCUGUUUUCACGUCUUGUUUAGGAAGCCAUAUAAGUCAGUUCUGCCGAAUAUUCUAUGAAAUUCGGUCGUCCUUCCGCCAAGAAUUCGAGGAUUAUAUAAUUUUGGCCUAAGAAAAAAUAAAAUUAAAUUUAGAGAUCUUUCAGGUAAUGGAGAACGCCGACCGCAUUUAAAAUAAAACUGGGAUGUGGACUUUUUAAAAUUGUAAUGUAUCCACACUUUAAAAUUUUUAAAGAAAUGCGCAUAAGGAAUGUAAACUAAGGGGAUCAUUUUGGAGAUAUGUGAUUGCAUACAUUUUAGCGUAGUAAAUCCUUAGGAAAACUAAACACUAUGUAAGUACUAUUUUGCGUGUACAAUUUAUGUCGAGGACUGAGAAAAGUUCGUAAAAUCUAAUAAUUAAAAACUUUUUAAACCGAAAGAUAUCUUCUUCAAGUGCACAAUUUCAUAGAGAAGAAAUAUUUUUCCACCAAAUGAAUUUAAGAAAAUUGUUGUUAGGCAUUAUUUUCUCUAAUAUAUAUCUGGGUUUAAAAAACUGCGAGAAACAACUUAAAAGUGCAUACUAGGGAGGGAGGUUUUUGGGGGCGACCAAAAGGAAAGUGCAUUUAUAAGCCAACGUCCUGACGAGUUUGCGAAAUUAUUGGAUUAUGCCGCACGAUAGCCAAGCCUACUUAAGUAAUCCUCCUGACUCGUACACGUACAUCAAAAUUUGGGUUAACAUUUUAUGGAGUCGGUCACUAUCCAUAGAUUGCCUGAGUCUCGAUUCAUGUGGCAAGUAUAAAAAACUGUAAAUUCGCGAAUGCUGGGGUAGAAAGUGUGCUAAUAAUAAGGCUAGAGACGCGGCGGUGUCCGCCCACUUUACGCCCUUACUCCUGUCCUUCAACUUCGCUUACAACAAGGUGGUCAAGUUCCCAAGGCAGACUUCAACUACUGCCCUCCUCCACCCCCCUCCCUGCCUCUGUGUGUGCACACGUCGUCAGGCUUUGCGGUGAAAAACUGACUUCGAAAAGUCCUCCGCCCACUCCUGCCAGCACGUGCACUUUGCCGUGCCAUAUAGCACCCUCAGUCGACUGUCCUGCCGCGCAUAAGACGGUCUGGCUUGGGCCAAACGCCAGAAAGGUCACCGUAAAGACGUCUGCUUCAGUUGACACCACGGCCGUCGUUGUAGGGAUCUACCAGCGGCGAAUAAUUUGACGCAAUCUGAAUAAAAACUGGCACAGUUGAUAAUUGCGGGUACCUGGAAAUUAAAAGCCUCCUCCAAGAACAGUUAUUGUGCCAAAGGAGAAAGUACUGCGCACAUCUUUCCGCAAUAUUCAUGUGGAAAAUAGAUUACCUAUGGGUUUGGCUACCUCUUAAGCAGUUUUUGGUUUACAGAAGAACUUGAAGAGUUCUUAGUAUUAUCUGAAUCUGUGUACAUCCUUUGUUGGGACAAAGUUUUCCCCAAAAGGAAAUGGUCACGGGCAUCAGGUGCUUUUUUCUACUCACUGCAAUCAGUGCCCAUCUGAGCCAGCGUGAAAUUAGCAUACUGGCCGCGAAAAAAACUUGAAUCAAAUUUUGGAAAGGAAGUAUUUGCAAAAGCAUAUGUCUAUAGACAGCGCCCUUUUAAAAAAUGAAAUAAUUCGCCUUUAAGGCUUUGACAGUAAUGAGGUCUUGGUAUUGCUUUGUAGAUGAAAUUCCGCCGCCAGUUCAUCGUGAAACCGCAACCUGAAACAGAUAUCCCGAAGAAAUUAAUGCGAACAACUGGAGCGUUCCUGUCAUACGAAAGUAAUGUUUUUCGCAUUCUACAUUAGCAGAAACUUAGCGUCUAUUACGGUCCAGUCAGUUCCAUCUAAAUAUUUAAUUAGUCGCUUUGAACAUUUCCCAUUGUAAGGAAAGACGGCCAGGAUGAUGGAAACCGGCGAGUUCUUCUUCAAAUAUCUCAACCUAAGUAUUUUUAAUUUACUUUUAAGUUAUUUUACGUUUCUUUUAUCGCUGCUCCAAAAUUAGAUUUGUUUUGGUGCUAGUCCGUAGGCAACUACUUAAAAAGGGUGAGAUACAUUUGCGAUGUGGUGAUAAUUUCUAAAUGAAAGUAAUGUCUUCCGUAGUUCCAACACUAUGUACAAGCUCCUUCUCUCAUUUUUCGGUACUCCAGAAUCAGGGAUGAAUGUACACAAGUUCUACCUGUCUUUCCAAAUGAAAUUACUGUUAUCCGAAAUUCCACUAUUUCAAGCCCAAAUCGGGAUCCGCCUUCUCACCUCUGUUUACCAAAGAACCUCAACUUUUUCCAAAAAGAUUUCACUCCAUUUAUUGUCUCUAACAAAUCUGUCUGUGGAGGUGGUUUGUUUGUUUCACGCCUUGCCGAAGAUUUUUCUGGCAGAAGUAGCGACAGCCACUGUUACUUUGCCCUUUUCUUAUGGGAACGCAUUGGGCGCUUUAUUGUUAGACGCCAAAAAAACUGCUGUUUACUCCUGCUUCACACGGUUUAAGUCAGCAUGCUUGUUCUUCUGGACAACAAGUACUUAAAUUAACCCUUUCAAAAUCGUGCCGCUUGUUUCCUCAUGAUUUCAUCCCCGAAUGAGUUCAUUCAUGCAUAGUGUGGGCUUUGGAAAGCGCCACCUCGUGAACCAUUGUUUUUUCCACGCGAACAACAAACAUCCUGAGAGGGUUCCGCAUUCAUUCGUUGAAUGUUUUUGUCCUUCUACUCGCCGAUGCAGCCCCAUGAGUCGUACGACGUAGGCAGCAUUAAUCAAGUAACGAUGCUUAUUAUGCAUUUGCCGUUUAUGUUCGCUACAUGCGGGUGUGAAAGGGCCUUGAGCACCGCCACUCUUUAAAGUCCGCCUACGGGACCAAGGCCUCUUGCUGUCUCCAUUCAAGCCCUUCAAGGUGGCCGCUUUUUCCCUAACAGCGGCAAGCGUUCUGAGAACAUGAAACUUGAUGCACAACUGUUUUCUACCUUCAAUUAAUAUUUAGACUGAAAUCUUAUCUGUUUGGCGUCUUCAGUAGUCCUUACGUAGUUUUCUCGCAAGGAAUGCCCUUAGUCGGCUGCAUUAGUUAACACGUUUAGAACAGUACGCGGAUGGUUGCUUUUUAUGUUCUGUCCGAGGAGGCGUGGACUCGUUGGCUGAAUUCCAUGCUGGCGAUUAUGAAACCACAGAGACAGGGGAAGUUGCUCUAAGCCAGUGAUAUUAUUUUGCAUUUUCAAGGUAUUACUCUCGGAAAUCGCAUGAGCACGGAACUUCGGCAGCAAUUCUGGCCUCGAAGUUAUGAUCCAAGGUCAUACGAGUUCCCUGUAAUCUUCGAGCUGCCUAGAACUUUCAACGAAAAGCAGAGCGAGUUAGAGAGAGAGAGAGAGAUGACGUUACUUUAGUUGAAUAUUAGUCAAACUUCGGAAAACUCCAAGCGAAAGGCUGCAAGUAGAAUUUUAUUUUAGCGACGGCGAUAUUGUGGAGCAUUUUGGGCUGUGAGAGUAUGCCCGAGAAGUCAAGUUGCACAGAAAAAAAUCGAUGAGCGAGAUAAUCUUAUUUUAAGGCUCUUCAUCUACCGCUCCGCGCUGUCAGAGUCGGGGACAGAAUAACAGAAGGCCAUCAGUUAACCAGAGCAGGAGAGUAUCUAAACGCAAAUGGACUGUACAAGGGGAUAGACGUUCCACCCGUACUACAAGUGGCCUUGCGCCAAAUUCCAAUCGAGUACCUAUUUCCGCGUCCUAACUUGAACCCGAAUUCUAACAAGAGCCCUAACCUCCCUGAUAUUUAGUGAGUCCACCUAUAAUACCUGAGGACAUCAACGCCUCUUGCCUAUCAGCAAAUGCUUCGUGAAGGAUGAUGCCAAGUGUAAUCUCUCCUCACGGCCUACAGGCCGCGGGAAGUGCUUUCCCGGGGGCGAACGCGAUGAGCUUAGAGAACUCAAGGCGAACAGCGACCUGGGCAUCGUGCCAGCGGACAAGGAGUGCUCCACAAUUGUACUGGACAGGACAAACUACCUUCCAAAAGUCCAAGGUUUACUGGAGGACCAACAGUUCUAUGUCCCAUGUGCAACGAACCCUGUAAAAGUGCUGGCACGCGGAAUUAAUGCCACGUUGUUGGUCCUAGAGAGCUCAGGUGCAAUAACACCAACUGAUAGACGCAUGGUGAGACUCCGAGAUACGACUUUGGCCUGAUUCUAUGGCCUCCCUAAGGUGCACAAACAGGGCGUUCCUCUCCGACCCAUCGUGUCGCCCAAAGGUACUCAAAGAUUGGACUGGCAAGGUGGCUGUUCCUGACCGCUGCAUCAAACACCACGGUCUCUUCGUCAGCACAAUUCCUGGAGAAACUCAAAGGGUUAAGCCUCUAUCCAAAUGAGGUCAUGGUAUCUUUUGACGUUACGUCCCAUUUUACUUCUGUUCCCCAGGACCUGACGAUCGAGACAAUCGAGCGGCUUCUACAAAGCAAAUAUUAUGAAAUAGAGAAUCGUAGUGGAAAUACCCAAGUCCUCUACCUCCUAAAGCUCUGUCUCAGGACGUACUUCACGUUCGACGGGACAAUCUACGAACAGGUGAAGGGAGCCCAGAUUGGUUUGCCGAUUUCGGGAUUCAUCGCCGAAGCGGUCUUGCAACGGUUGGAGUCCCUUGUCUUCCAACACCACAGACCGAAGUUCUGGGCCCAGUAUGUGGAUGAUACCUUCGUCGCUAUCGACCGGGACUAA